ACGAGAGGAUGGCAAACAGUCUUCGAGUUGUCCACUCAACUUUACUUUACCUCGGUUGUGGUAAACGCUCAGAUGUCCAGCUUUUUCUGGGCUAGCUGAAACAGCAUGACUGUCACUCUCCUCUCCGCCGGGCCGAGGAGUUCAUGCGGGGCAAAACAGGAGCCCACCUCCCCAGGAGGAACCGCGGGCUGCGGCUGUGACAAGCUGAAGAGAACCGUCGCUGCUGUGGAUCCCGAGCAGGACAAGACAGCGUCCAACGACCCAGCUACCAAAUAUUCCACAGGUGCCUAUGAGAGGACGUCUGAAGCCAACGGAGAUGAGAAGAAAAUUCCGAGUCAGAUGGUACAGAUUUCUGGAGGAGACUUUUUGAUGGGAACAGACAACCCAGGUAUCCCUGCAGAUGGUGAGGGGCCUCAGAGGCUGGUCCAUGUGGACUCCUUCUACAUGGACAUCAUGGAAGUAACUAAUCACCAGUUCCAGAGUUAUGUCAGUGCUACAGGAUAUGUUACUGAGGCAGAGAAAUUUGGAGACUCUUUUGUAUUUGAGGGGAUUUUGAGUGAACCUGUCAAAAGCCAAAUUACCCAAGCAGUAGCUGCUGCCCCCUGGUGGCUUCCAGUCAAGGGGGCCAACUGGAAGCACCCUGAGGGUCCAGACUCCAACAUCACAGAUAGGCUAGAUCAUCCUGUCAUACACGUCUCCUGGGCAGAUGCCGUCGCUUAUUGCUCCUGGGCCAACAAGAGACUUCCUACAGAGGCAGAAUGGGAGUAUGCCUGCAGGGGUGGCUUGAAAGACAGACUCUACCCCUGGGGAAACAAGUUGAACCCGAAAGGACAACACUAUGCUAACCUGUGGCAGGGGGAAUUCCCAUCACACAACUCUGGAGAGGAUGGAUUCAUCAAAACUUCCCCGGUGAUGUCCUUUCCUGUCAAUGGUUUUGGACUGUACGACAUGGUGGGGAAUGCAUGGGAAUGGACCUCAGACUGGUGGACUGUGUACCACACAACAGACCCGCAACACAACCCAACAGGUCCUCCUUCAGGCAAUGACAAAGUAAAGAAAGGAGGUUCAUACAUGUGCCACAAGUCUUACUGUUACAGAUACAGGUGUGCCGCUCGCAGCCAGAACACUCCAGACAGCUCAGCUUCUAAUCUUGGUUUUCGUUGUGCUUCUCAUGAGAAACGAUGACCUGAGCUGCUCGUCCUGAACACAGUCCCAGUGUUGACAGCAAGACAAAGCCAUCAAAGAAGGAUUUGUAUUUAAUGUUGAGGUAUUUUAUUGCUACCUCGUUAUUCUGCAUCUGAGGAUUAUUUUAGGGAAAAGGAGGUUUUCUCACUUCUAUCCAGCUGUCUGAGGACCAAUUGAGAUAAAGACUGAAAGCGAGUUAUUUUAAUUGACUCUGUAAAGUUGCUGUAAAAUACAGUUUUCUGAACAAGAAUGGUCCUUUUCUUUUUUGUAUGUGUGCUGUAAGUUGAUUUUUUUUAUUUUAUGUCUGUUCUCAUUUAUCAGUGUCAUAGUAUCCAGCGUAGUUGAGUCAAGUUAACUGGACUGGGCUUAGUUUCUUGAAGACGUUUCUUAUCCAGAAGAGCUUCUUCAGUUCUGAUGGAGAUAGUGAGAGAUUUCACUCAAGUAGUCUGAAACCACCAACGUUUUAGUCUACGUCUGUCGCGACUCACCUGAGGACUUGUUACAUAACCAUUGUCCAUCUUUGUAUUUUAGGCUAAAUGUGUUGUCAGUCUCUUUAAUAUAACUUAAACAAUGCUAUUGUAGGUGGGGGAUAUGUGGUGUCUCAGUCCUGCUCUUCAUUUAAGUGAAGGUUCUACUCAUUUAAAGUAGAUUAGAUUGAGCCCCCCUCAAACCCACUUGUCUUUUCCAUCCAAGAUUUUAACAUUGUGAUCUUCAAAGGUGUGUCUUCUAUUAUUAA